AUGGACGAAUCCAAUUCGAUGGCCGGUAGUUGUACGGCCGAAUUCACCCACUCGAGCGAGUUCAUGCGCCACAUUAGCCCACCCAUCCUGGAAGCGGCUCUAACUCCGAUCGCGCCCGGUGCAACACGACCCAGUCUUUGGUCACGGAUUGAGCGGAAACUGAAGUCCGGAGAAAACACGGAUGUGACGGUGCGGAUCGACAACGAACAGAUCAAUUGUCACCUGCUGGCGCUCCAGUGCUUUAGCGGGUUUUUUGAGCAAGAAGUUCCGUCUCGAGACCAGGAGCCGAUCGAGCUGCCCGGGGAGCUGGUGUCGCCGGCCGCCUUUCGCAUCAUCUACGAGUGGAUACUGGACCCGGCCCGGCGGAUCGAGUGGCCCCACUUCACAGCCGUCCUGGUGGCGGCCAAGUUCCUGCGCAUUCCCGCCCUGGUUGAGCGCUGUUGGCUUCACCUGGACAAUCCGCGUGUCGUCGAUGAAGUGGCGUUUUACGUGUUCCUGCAAGCGAGACCCUUCCGUGAUGCGCAACUGCAGUCGAUGAUGCUGCGGCGCAUCUGUCGCUUCUUCCUGGCCCUGGUCAGUGCGCCCGACUUUUGUGACCUGUCGCUCGAGGACCUGUCCGUCCUGCUGUCGUCCAACAUCAUCGGUGUGUUCGACGAAACCGACGUCCUGUUUGCGGUCUGCCUGUGGCUGCUGUACGAUUGGCUCGAGCGGGCCGAGCUCGUCGACGAGGCGAUGGAACUGGUCCGGUUCGGAGCGAUGCGUAAGGCUGACCUGGCGCGGUUCUGCGUGUUCCGCGAGUGCCCCGAACUGCAACCGAUACUGCGCCAUGCGGCCACGAAAAAGGCCGUCGAUAAUGCGCUCGCGGCUAUCUGCGUGUCGGAAACGGGGACCGAAAACCGUGGCAAGGAUUUGCACCGCAUCCGACUACAGGCGGAAUGUGGCGAAACGUUGCAGAUCGUGAACGGAGAGCGAAGCUUCGAUCGGUUCAUCGCGCUGCUCGAACAUAUCCGCAAUAACCCGCCCGUUUGGCGGUCGUUCCGGGUGAUCGAAUGUGAGGAUGUUUUCGGAUGGCUGGAGUGA